AUGAGGAUAGUUAGCAUAGAACUUGGAAGUAAGAGAUUGAAAGGUAGGCUUUCCAAAGCCUUGGCAGGUUUAAUACAUUUGAGAAAUCUCAAUCUUUCUGAGAACUUCUUUAGCGAUUCUCUUCCGGUAGAACUGUUCCAACUACAGAACUUAGAGAUUCUUGACUUAAGCUCUAAUGGGUUCUCUGGAUUCUUACCAAGGAAUAUUAAUCUGCCUUCACUUAGAUUCCUAGAUAUAUCGAAAAAUUCAUUAGUUGGUACAAUCAAUGAGGAUAUUUGUAAAGCAGCAAAAGGACUGCAAGUUCUUGAUCUCUCCUUGAACUAUUACUAUGGAGAAAUUCCAGUGAAUUUGGGGAAUUGUAGUCACUUAGAGCAUCUGUCUUUAAGUUCAAAAUUUCUUAUAGGAAGCUUGCCAGAAGAUCUCAUGCGUCUACCAAAGUUGAGUUUAAUACAUCUUCAGGAUAACAAGCUUUCUGGAAGUUUGAGUUCUGGUUUUGGAAACCUCUCAAAUCUUUUUAAAUUGGAUAUCUCUUCCAAUGGGUUUUCAGGAACUAUCCCAAAUGCUUUCCAGAACCUUGUAAAUCUGAAACAAUUCUCUGCCAUGUCCAAUGGAUUUAUCGGUCAUCUACCACCCUCGUUAACCCAUUCUCCCAGCAUUUCAUCACUUAAUCUUAACAAUAAUUCUCUCACUGGGCCAAUUGUUAUCAACUGCUCAGCUAUGGUUUGUUUAACCUUCCUUGAUAUGGGCUCUAAUCAAUUUGAUGGACCUAUUCCUGAUAAUCUCCAUUCUUGUCAACAGUUGAGUAGUUUGAAUCUUGCCCAAAAUAAUCUUGGCAGCCAGUUACCUGACAGCUUCAAGAAGUUCGAGUCCCUCACUGGCUUGUCACUUUCUAAAACUGGCCUUCACAAUUUAUCAGCAGCUCUAGCGAUUCUACAACAUUGCAGAAACUUGACCACUUUAGUUCUUACCUCUAACUUCCAUGCCCACAAUUCAACAACUUGA